AUGAGGCUUGAUCUUAUUGGCUCUAUGAGUCCUAAGUCAUCAGCGGGACAUUCUUACCAUUCGAUAGGCAACUAUGAUUACUUUUCAAAAGGUCGACUUGAGGUCAUUGCCUUGAGGGAAGCUAAGAAAGAAGACAUGGUGGACUUUAUCCGCAUUCAUAUCAUCUAUCGGUAUGGUAUCCCCCAUAAAAUCGUGACAGAUAAUGGAAGGCAGUUCUCCUAUAGCAUGAUAAACAGGUUGUGUGAGAAGCUCAAGUUCAGGAAGUUCAAGUCAUCCAUGUACAAUGCUGCUGCAAAUGGGUUGGCAAAGGCAUUCAACAAGAUGUUGUGCAACUUGCUGAAGAAAAUUGUCUAUAAGUCAAAAAGAGAUUAG